CGCCGCCGCCGGCCCAAGUCCUCCGCCCGCGGCGGUGGAUGGCAUGAUGGUGCGGGGAAGGCACCCCGGCCCUGGCCAGCUGAGUCGCGACGGCCGCGGGGGCGGCGGCAGUGGCAGCGGCGGCGGUAGCGGGCUCCCCAGCGGCAUGCCAGUGCCCCCCGGGCGUGAUGGCUAGCGGCAGCGCGGGGAAGCCCACCAGCGAGGCGGCUUCUCCGGCUCCUGCGAGCGCCGUCGUCGGGGCCAGCUCGCAGCCUCGGAAGAGGCUGGUGUCCGUCUGCGACCACUGCAAGAGCAAGAUGCAGCUGGUGGCCGACCUCCUGCUGCUGUCGAGCGAGGCGCGUCCUGUGCUCUUCGAGGGUCUCGCCUCCGCCGGUGCCGAGUCCUUCGAGCAGUGCCGGGACACCAUCAUCGCGCGCACCAAGGGGCUCUCCAUCCUCACGCACGACGUGCAGAGCCAGCUCAACAUGGGCCGCUUCGGGGAGGCGGGGGACAGCUUGGUGGAGCUGGGCGACCUGGUGGUUUCACUGACAGAGUGCUCUGCCCACGCGGCCUACCUGGCGGCCGUGGCCACGCCGGGGGCGCAGCCUGCGCAGCCUGGCCUGGUGGACCGCUACCGCGUGACGCGCUGCCGGCACGAGGUGGAGCAGGGCUGCGCCGUACUGCGCGCCACCCCGCUGGCCGACAUGACCCCGCAGCUGCUGCUGGAGGUGUCCCAGGGCCUGUCGCGCAACCUCAAGUUCCUUACGGACGCGUGCGCCCUGGCCAGUGACAAGUCCCGGGACCGCUUUGCGCGCGAGCAGUUCAAGCUGGGCGUCAAGUGCAUGAGCACGAGCGCGUCGGCGCUGCUGGCCUGUGUGCGUGAGGUCAAGGCAGCGCCCAGCGAGCUGGCGCGCAGUCGCUGCGCGCUUUUCAGCGGGCCGCUGGUGCAGGCGGUGAGCGCGCUGGUGGGCUUCGCCACCGAGCCGCAGUUCCUGGGUCGCGCGGCGGCCGUGAGCGCCGAGGGCAAGGCGGUGCAGACCGCCAUUCUGGGCGGCGCGAUGAGCGUGGUGUCGGCCUGCGUGCUCCUGACCCAGUGCCUCAGGGAUCUGGCGCAGCACCCCGACGGGGGCGCCAAGAUGUCGGACCACAGGGAGAGGCUGAGGAACUCGGCCUGCGCCGUGUCUGAAGGCUGCACCCUGCUAUCUCAGGCUUUAAGGGAGAGGUCUUCGCCCAGGACUUUACCGCCAGUGAAUUCCAAUUCUGUGAAUUAGCGCCCAUCCACCCACCCCGUCCCCUGUCUUCCACCCCCAGACUAAAGGAAGAUAUUUAAUGUCUGCCCCUCUCCAUUUAUACCAAAGAAAUCAUAGGUGAAAGCUCCCCCUCACCCCCCAUGUUAACAUGCUCCAGAGGAAUCUUCCAGAAGGCAGGGCCAUACAUUCACUUUACACAUGCACUCGAAGGGCCCUGUGCCCAGCAGCCCAUACACCGUAGGGACCUGGAGACGGAAGAUGUGUGAUCUGCUGUUUGCGGCGUUACCCUCACCCCGCCCCGGCUCCUCUUCAGGAAUCCCUCAGCUAAAUUGUGUUAUUAAUUAAUUGGGCAGGAAGAAGGUCAUGGGUUCAUUUCUUUUUCGGUCCUUUUUUUUUCCUAAUUAAAAGAAAGGUUACCUCAGUUUUCACUCCUUAGACAUGGAUGUAGCUACCUUUUUUUGUAUGUUGUUAUUUUUUUAGGUUGGAUUAGGCGUAUACUUGGUGUGGAAAGAGUAUGAUUUUGCCAUGUGAUUUGCAAAUGGGGGGAAAAGCUACUGUGAGUGUGUGUUUUAUUUUUUAAUUUACACUAUAGAGUGAUUUUUUUCCCCCCAAUGUCAAGUUUUUACCUUGCAUGUACUGGAGUAUUUAUUUCAUCUAUUAAAAUGUUAUGUUUCUCAGA